AUGGUCUCGGAUCAGGCCCAGAACGGAGAACGUUUGACCGAUGAUCGGUCAGCUAGUAACUCUGCACAACCUCGUGCUCGUAAGAAGCGAAUCCCGACGUCGUGCGGCUCUUGUCGUCAGAGUAAGGUCAAGUGUGAUGGCUCACGACCAUGCUCUCGAUGUCAACAACUCCAAAAAACGUGCAAUUUUGUUGAGAAACCUAAAGAACCCCAUGAAUUGAGAAUAGAAGCUUUAGAAAAAGAAAUCGAGUCACUGAGAGCACGUCUACCACCAAAUGCACCCAAUACAGCCAGGCCACUUACCCACCACUACGCGUCUAAUACAGAAAGACCACUCCAGUUCAACACUUUAGGAACAUUCAACCCCCCUCCAGAUAUCAACUAUGCGCAUACAUCAAAUAUUCCAUCCCAGCUGGCAGUCUCAACUAGUACAGGCUCCCCAGAAACUACAUCUCACUUUCCAAGACCACCAAAACGUCCCAGAUCAUCAUUCGAAACGGAGACCCCAGCUGCUGCUAACAUCUUCGCCGAUGAUGAUUUGAGUAACGAAGAAGCCGAGUUAUACUUCAACGCCUUCUUCUCCGGAUGCGAUCGCUACGUUCCUGUUUUCGACCCACGUUACGACUCUCUUCCUGCUAUUCGUAGUCGAAGUGAUCUAUUGUUUACUACUAUCUGCUCAGUAGGGUGUCGUGUUCUGAAUGGGACAAAUUCGAGAUGGCGAACGCUUGCAUUGAGAACACAACGUAUGCUCAACGCUGCAAUAGCAAACCCAUCCACGGGCAAUCUUGAGACAGUUCAGGCCUUGUUAGUUCAGGCAUGCUAUGCCGGUGAAAGGGCUAUCCUCAUAGCUAUUGCCACGCGUAUGGCAAUGGAUCUAGGAUUUACGGAAGCAUAUGACACACUUGUUGCUGAGUCUGUUCUUGGUGAUACACUCUCCAAUGGCGAGCAAACUAUCAUCGAAAACAAUUUUACCCGUAUGAGAAAAGCACGGGUUUGGCUUCACCUUCUCGUCCUGAGUUAUAUCCUUCACGUGGAUGCUGGAGGUGUGCCGACGUUCAAAUUCAGAGGCGCCUCUCGUCGAUGCAGAAUUCUACUUCAGAGUCCCUUCUCCACUGGCAUGGAUCACUAUCUUUUUGCCCAGGUCGAACUGAAUGUUCUUCGUGCAAAGAUAUACGCGUCUUUACCACAGAGGGCGAAUCUCGGUGAUGGUGAAAUCAUGGACUUGGUUAGAGAUGCCAAACUCGAUAUAGAUGUCUGGUUUCAUGAUUGGAUACGAAUUUCGGAACCACAUCACCAAACUAUGCCGUGGUUUGUACCAAACUUGUCCGUUCAGAGAUGCUGGGCUGAUAAUAUGGCUCUAUGUCGCGCGGUGCGAGCUGCAGGCGUAGAGAACGUGAACGUCAUGUCUGUUACUCAAAAGGCCAUUCUGGACAUGACUAAAGCGUCACUGAAACAACAUCUUGACAUAAUCAUCCAAGAGCCGCGACUUUAUCUCAAGAGCAUUCGGUACGCUAUGGAUUUUGUGUGGGCGAAGAACACCUUUUGCUGUUUGCUUCUCCUCAAGUUGUCCGCUCUGCUUCCGGAGAAGAACGAUCAACAAUCGCAACACGACCUAGUUGCCAAAGCAAGUAUUUUACUGAAUGAAUUGGAAAUGGCUGUCGCUGGCGGACUCAAAGGUGACAGUCGCUCAAAUACAAGUGUUUUGUACCUUCAGCUUCUAAAGUUGAGCAUACAAAAGUAUAAACGAGGACUUAACCUAGACUCGGACGAUCCUGCAGAGGUUGACACGAAUCAAGAAGGCCAAGCUGGAUACACGGAACUGGAGUCAUUUGUGCCUGAUCAAUUCGUGUUUGAGUGGGACUUUCCAGGGCUAACCUUGUUCUCAUCGCCGAUCAAUGAAUCUACGUGGUUGAACGAGUUUCUCACUGGUACGCAGGACUUUGGGGAGAAUGGAGGCAGCAUCAAUUGGGCACUUAUUGACUUUUCGAUGUGA